CCGGCGGGCGGCGCGGAGGAGGCGGCGGUGGCGGCAGGUGGCGCGCAGCAGGGCCGGAGCUGGGCCGGGCCAUGGCCGCUUCGGAGCGGCUCUACAAGUUGUGGCUGCUCUACUACGCGCAGAAGGACCUGGGGUACCUGCAGCAGUGGCUGAAGGCCUUUGUGGGUACCUUCGAGAAGAGCAUCUCACUGUCCUCCCUGGAGCCACGCAGGCCGGAGGAAGCAGGUGCAGAGGUGCCCCUGCUUCCGCUGGACGCGCUGCAUACGUUGGCCAAGCAGCUGGACGAGGGGGACCUGGAGCAAGCCCUGCUGCUGCUCAAGCUCUUCAUCAUCCUCUGCAGGAACCUGGAGAAUGUGCAGGCGGGCCGGGGCCGGGUGCUGGUGCCUCGGGUGCUGGCACUGCUGACCCGGUUGAUGGCCGAGCUGAAAGGACACCCACCACAGCAGGAAGGCCGGGGGCCCCAGCUGGAGGACGUGGCCCUGCAUGCCUUCCUCCUGUGUGAGGGCCUCUUUGACCCCUACCAGACCUGGCGCCGCCAGCACAGCGGGGAAGUCAUCAGUGCCAAGGAGAAGAGCAAAUACAAGUUCCGUCCUGCCGCUUUGCCCUGUGAAUUCAGCGCCUUCUUCCGAGAGAGCCUGCAGGAUGCAGACCACUUGCCUCCCAUGCUGCUGCUACGUCUCAUCCACCUCUUUGGUGCUGUCCUUGCAGGAGGGAAGGAGAAUGGGCAGACGGCUGUGAGUGCUGGCUCUGUGCAGGGCUUGCUGGGUGUGGUGCAGGGCUGGGGCUGUGGGCCAGCUCAAGACCCCCGCCUAGUGCCGCUGGCGCUAGAGGCCCUGGUGGGCACAGUACAUGUCCUGCAUGCCAGCCACACACCCCCCCGAGGUCCAGAGCUCCGCGCCCUGCUUGAGGGUUACUUCCGCAUCCUUAAUGCUGAUUGGCCAGCUGGGCCAAGCCCAGGCCCUGAAGAGGCCCUUGUCACCCUACGAGUCAGCAUGCUCGACGCCAUCCCUAUGAUGCUGGCAUGCGAGGACCGGCCAGUGCUGCAGGCCACCUUCCUCAGCAACAAUUGCUUUGAACACCUUACUCGCCUCAUCCAGAACAGCAAGCUGUACCUGCAGGCCCGGGCGCCCCCUGAGGGGGACAGUGACCUGGCUACCCGGUUACUGACCGAGCCCGAUGUCCAGAAGGUACUGGACCAGGACACAGAUGCCAUUGCAGUCCACGUAGUCAGAGUGCUGACCUGCAUCAUGAGUGGCUCCCCUUCGGCCAAGGAGGUGUUCAAGGAGCGCAUCGGCUACCCUCAUCUGCACGAGGUUCUGCAGAGCCAUGGUCCCCCUACCCAUCGGCUGUUGCAAGAGCUGCUCAACAUGGCCGUGGAGGGUGACCACAGCAUAUGUCCGCCACCACCAAUCCGCAACGAGCAGCCGGUGCUGGUGCUGAUGCAGUGGCUGCCGGCACUGCCCACGGCUGAGCUGCGGCUCUUCCUAGCACAACGCCUCUGGUGGCUCUGUGACAGCUGCCCCGCCAGCCGUGCCACGUGCGUGCAGGCUGGCCUUGUAGACUGCCUGUUGGAGACGCUCAGCAUGGGGGAAGCCCUGGGGGCCCGCUGCCAGGAGCAGCUGCUGGCGCUGCUGCAAGCACUGGGCCGCGUGUCACUAAGGCCCUUGGAGCUUCGUCGCCUGCUUCGCCCCCCACCAGGGCUGGACUCAGGGCCGGGUGGAGCUGAGGCUGGCAAUGCCCGACACGCAGGUGCCAUCAUUCGUGCGUUAUCAGGCAUGGCUCGGCACCAGGGCCCUGCACGAGCCCUACGCUAUUUUGACCUCACACCCAGCAUGGCGGGUAUCAUGGUGCCCUCUGUGCAGCGAUGGCCAGGAACUGGCUUCACUUUCCAUGCCUGGCUCUGUCUGCACCCCACGGCUGCAGUGGCUGCCCCGGCUUCCUCCCGGCCACUCCAGCGGAAGCAGCUGUACAGCUUCUUCACCAGCAGUGGCUCAGGGUUUGAGGCCUUCUUCACGGCGGCUGGGACCCUAGUGGUGGCAGUGUGCACCCGGAAGGAUUACUUGACCAUGAGCUUGCCUGAAGUGUCCUUUGCCGACUCUGCCUGGCACUGUGUGGCCAUCGUCCAUGUGCCUGGACGCCUGCUCUUCAGCCAUAAGAACCUGGUCUCUGUCUACAAAGAUGGCCAUCUGGUCAAAACCGCGCCCCUGCGCUGCCCGUCCCUCAGUGAGCCCUUCUCCUCCUGCUGUAUCGGCUCCGCUGGGCACCGCACGACGACCACCACCACGGGGCUGCCUGCGCCGCCAGUCCCCACUGCCCUGGCUCAUACGCACCCCUCCCUCAUCCGCUCCCAGUCAGUCCCAGCCACCACAGGGCUUGGCUGGGGGUCCGGGCUGGUGGCCCCCCUGCAGGAGGGCAGCAUCAGCUCCACCCUUGCAGGCACACAGGACACUCGGUGGGGUAGCCCCACAUCCCUGGAGGGCGAGUUGGGGGCCGUGGCCAUCUUCCAUGAAGCCCUGCAGGAGGCGUCCUUGCAGGUCCUGUACAACUUAGGGCCCAAUGAGACAGCACCCUUCAAGCCCGAAGGUGAACUGCAUGAGCUCGGCACCAAGCUGCUUCUCCAUUACUCACCUCAGGCCUGUAAGAACAACAUCUGCCUGGACCUGUCCCCUGGCCACGGGCUGGAUGGCCGCCUGACGGGCCAUAGAGUGGAGACCUGGGAUGUGAAGGAUGUGGUGAACUGUGUGGGAGGCAUGGGUGCCCUGCUGCCCCUGCUGGAGCGAGUGGCUACACAGCCCCAAGAGGCUGAGGCAGGUCCAGCUGAAACACAUGACCUUGUGGGACCUGAGCUGACCUCUGGCCACAACACCCAGGGCCUGCUACUCCCACUGAGUAAGUCCUCAGAGGAGCGAAUGGAGAGGAACGCGGUGGCUGCCUUUCUGCUGAUGCUGCGGAACUUCCUGCAGGGCCACGCUGUGAACCAGGAGAGCCUGCUGCAGUGCCAGGGCCCUGCCAUCAUCGGGGCGCUCCUGCGCAAGGUCCCCAGCUGGGCCAUGGACAUGAAUGUGCUCAUGUCAGCCCAGCUGCUGAUGGACCAGCUGGCAGCUGAGGGCAGUGGGCCCCUCCUGUACCUGCUCUACCAGCAUUUGCUCUUCAACUUUCAUCUCUGGACCUUCAGUGACUUUGCUGUGCGCCUUGGCCACAUCCAGUACAUGUCCAGCAUAGUCCGUGAGCACAGACAGAAGCUACGGAAGAAGUAUGGGGUCCAGUUCAUCCUCGAUGCUCUGCGCACCCACUACAGCCCACAGCGGGAGCGCCCCCUAGCGGCCGACGACCUGCGAACGGUGCAGACUUCACUCCUGGGCCUGGCUCGGGAGUUCCUGGUGCGAAGCUCCUCUACUGAUGACAUGCAGGUCCUGCUGAGCUUUCUGGCAGCAGCGAGUGAUGAUGGUCAGGUGGCGGGUGCCCUGGACCUGCUGCUGGCACUACUGCAGGGCUCACCAGCACAGGAGUCUCUGGCUGUCUUCCUCCUGGAGCCGGGGAACCUGGAAGUGCUGCUGGCACUGCUGGUGCGGCCAAGGUCACUGCCCCUGGUGCCCGACCGAGUCUGCAAGAUCCUGCGCAGACUACGGCAGAAUGAGCGCUUACCUGAGCGGAGCCGCCAGCGGCUCCGGCUGCGAGAGUGUGGUCUCCAGGGUCUCGUCGCUUGCCUGCCAGAGGGGGCAGUUUCCCUCCAGCUCUGUCAGGGCCUCUACAAGCUGUUCCUGGGGACAGAUUUCCUGAACCUCUCAGAUCUGAUGGCUGUGGUGCAGCUGUCUCUCCAGGCUGACCUCAGCGUCCGCCUGGACAUCUGUCGCCAGCUCUUCCACCUCAUCCACGGACAGCCCGACAUAGUGCGGCUGCUGGCCCGACAAGCCAGCUGGCAGGAUGUGCUGACCCGGUUGUACGUACUGGAGGCUGCCACGGCCAGCAGUCCUCUGCCUUUUCCUCCAGAGCUGCCCGCCUCCCCAGAGCCAGCUUUAUCCAAGCCACCCACUGAGUCACCUGAACCUUCGGACGUCUUCCUGCCCUCAGAUGCCCCCUGCCCCGACCCUGAUGCCUUUUACCAAGCUCUCUCCCCGUUCUGUGCACCCUUUGACCUGGGCCUGGAACGGGCCAGCGUGGGCUCAGGCAACACUGCUGGUGGUGGCAGCAGUAGUGGGACUCUUACCCCAGCUAGCCAGCCUGGCACACCUUCCCCGCUGGAUGGGCCCCGGCCCUUCCCUGCCGCCCAUGGCCGCCUCAGCUCCAGUCUCUCCAAUGUGCUGGAGGACGGCAGCCUCCCGGAGCCCACCAUCAGUGGGGAUGACACUUCUAAUACCAGCAACCCUCAGCAAACCCCUGAGGAGGAGUUGUGCAACCUGCUCACCAACAUGCUGUUCUUGGUGACAUGGCGGGGUGUGGAAGGCAGUGACGAGGCCGCCUGGCGGGAACGUGGCCAGGUCUUCUCGGUGCUCACCCAGCUGGGGGCCUCAGCCACACUUGUGCGCCCACCAGACUGUAUCAAGCGCAGCCUCCUGGAGAUGAUGCUGGAGUCAGCCCUGACCGACAUCAAAGAGGCCCCCGCUGGGGUCCUGGCCAGCUUCACCCAGCAGGUGCUUUGGCUGCUGCGCCUGCUGCAGGACUUCCUGUGCUCUGAGGGCCAUGGCAAUCAGGAACUGUGGAGUGAGAAGCUCUUUGAAGGUGUGUGCAGCCUGCUUGAUCGCCUGGGAGCCUGGCCACACCUGGCCAAUGGCACAGCAGAUCUCCGAGAGAUGGCACAGAUCGGCCUGCACCUGGUGCUGGGCUACAUCCUACUGGAGGACCCACAGCUGCACUCCCAGGCCUAUGUGAGGCUGCACGCAUUGCUGCAGACUGCUGUGCCCAUGCGCCGGGAGGAGGCCUGCUAUGUGCUCUCCAAGUUGGAGGCGGCACUGGCGCGGGCUUUGAACACCACCCUCUACAAGACGGCCACUGAGGACCAUGGGCCCCCAACUACAGCUGCUGCAACUUCGGAGCGCUGCUCGUGGCUAGUGCCCCUGGUGCGCACGCUGCUGGACCGUGCUUAUGGGGCACUGGGGCUGCAGUCCGGGCUGCCUUCCCUCCCGCCCACCAACGGCAGCCCCACCUUCUUUGAGGACUUCCAGGCCUUUUGUGCCACAGCCGAAUGGCGCCACUUCAUCGACAAGCAGGUGCAGCCCAUCAUGUCACAGUUUGAAAUGGACACCUAUGCUAAGAGCCACGACCUCAUGUCUGGCUUCUGGAACUCUUGCUAUGACACGCUCAUGAGCAGUGGGCAGCGGCGCCAGAGGGAGAGGGCACAGAGUCGUCAGGCCUUCCAGGAGUUGGUCCUGGAACCUGUGCAGCGGCGGGCGCGUCUGGAGGGGCUGCGCUAUGCGGCUGCGCUGAAGCAGCAGGCUGCACAGCAUUCCACUGUCCUGCUGCACUGGGGGGCGCUGUGGCGACAGCUCUCCAGCCCCUGCGGACCCUGGGCCCUGAGGGAUCCGCCCACCCCCCGGUGGAAGAUGUCAAGCGUGGAGACAUACUCGCGCAUGCGUCUGAAGCUGGUGCCCAACCAUCACUUCAACCCUCACCUGGAAGCCAGCGCCCUACGGGACAAUCUGGGUGAGGCCCCCUUGACACCCACCGAGGAGGCCUCGCUACCUCUAGCAGUGACCAAAGAGGCCAAAGUCAGCACCCUGUCUGAGGAUCUGCAGGAAGACCAGCUGGGCGAGGAUGAGCUGGCUUCGUUGGAGACCCUGAUGGAGGCAGCAGAACUGGACGAGCAGCAUGAGAAGCUGGUUCUGUCAGCUGAAUGCCAACUGGUCACAGUGGUGGCUGUGGUCCCAGGGCUGCUGGAGGUCACCACACAGCACGUUUACUUCUACGAUUGUAGUACUGAGCGCGUGGAAACUGAGGAGGGUAUUGGCCAUGACUUCCGGCGCCCGCUGGCCCAGCUGCGUGAGGUCCACCUACGGCGUUUCAACCUGCGCCGUUCAGCACUUGAACUCUUCUUCAUUGAUCAGGCCAACUACUUCCUCAACUUCCCAUGCAAGGUGGGCGGGACUGCAGCCUCAUCUCCUUGCCAAGCCCCCAGGCCCCAACCCUGCCCCAUCCCACCCCACACCCAGGUACGGAACCAGGUGUACAAGUGGCUCCUGCGCCUGCGACCCCCUACCCAAGGUUACCUAAGCAGCCGCUCCCCCCAGGAGAUGCUGGACGCCUCAGGUCUUACCCAGAAAUGGGUACAGCGUGAGAUAUCCAACUUUGAAUACUUGAUGCAACUCAACACCAUUGCGGGGCGGACCUACAACGACUUGUCUCAGUACCCUGUGUUCCCCUGGGUCCUACAGGACUAUGUGUCCCCAACCUUGGAUCUCAGCAACCCGGCUGUCUUCCGGGACCUGUCCAAGCCCAUCGGUGUGGUGAACCCCAAGCAUGCCCAGCUCGUGAGGGAGAAGUAUGAGAGCUUCGAGGACCCAGCGGGCACCAUUGACAAGUUUCACUAUGGCACCCACUAUUCCAACGCAGCGGGCGUGAUGCACUACCUCAUCCGCAUGGAGCCCUUCACCUCCCUGCACGUCCAGCUGCAGAGUGGCCGCUUUGACUGCUCUGACCGGCAGUUCCACUCGGUGGCAGCAGCCUGGCAAGCACGCCUGGACAGCCUGGCUGAUGUGAAGGAGCUCAUCCCAGAGUUCUUCUACUUCCCCGACUUCCUGGAGAACCAGAAUGGCUUUGACCUGGGCUGCCUGCAGCUGACCAAUGAGAAGGUGGGCGACGUGGUGCUGCCCCCAUGGGCCAGCUCUCCUGAGGACUUCAUCCAGCAGCACCGCCAGGCUCUGGAGUCAGAGUACGUGUCUGCCCACCUGCAUGAGUGGAUUGACCUCAUCUUUGGCUAUAAGCAGCGGGGGCCGGCUGCGGAGGAGGCCCUCAAUGUCUUUUAUUACUGCACCUAUGAAGGGGCUGUGGACCUGGACCACGUGCCAGAUGAACGGGAACGGAAGGCUCUGGAGGGCAUUAUCAGCAACUUUGGGCAGACCCCCUGUCAGCUGCUGAAGGAGCCACAUCCAGCUCGGCUCUCAGCUGAGGAAGCAGCCCAACGCCUUGCACGUCUGGACACUAAUUCACCUAGCAUCUUCCAGCACCUGGACCAGCUCAAAGCCUUCUUCGCAGAGGUCAUCAGUGAUGGUGUGCCCCUGGUGCUGGCCCUGGUUCCGCACAGGCAACUCCACUCCUUCAUGACCCAAGACCUGUUGGUGACUGUGAGUGCCAAUGGGCUGCUGGGUACCCACGGCUGGUUACCCUACGACCGUAACAUAAGCAAUUACUUCAGGUUCAUCAAAGACUCCACCAAGGUGCAGCGAGUGCUGAGUGGCCCGUGGGUACCAGGCAGUGGCGUGAGUGGGCAAGCCCUGGCAGUGGACCCCGAUGGAAAGCUGCUGUUCAGUGGUGGCCACUGGGAUGGCAGCCUGCGAGUGACGGCGCUCCCCCGGGGCAAGCUCUUGAGCCAGCUCAACCGCCACCUCGACAUAGUGACCUGCCUUGCACUGGACACCUGUGGCAUCUACCUCAUCUCAGGCUCCCGGGACACUACGUGCAUGGUGUGGCGGCUCCUGCAGGGUGGUCUCUCGGCGGGGCUGGCAUCAAAGCCUGUGCAGGUCCUAUACGGGCACGAGGCUGCAGUGAGCUGUGUGGCCAUCAGCACUGAACUCGACAUGGCUGUGUCUGGAUCCGAGGACGGAACUGUGAUCAUCCACACUGUACGCCGUGGCCAGUUCGUGGCAGCACUACGGCCCCCAGGAGCCAUGUUGCCCGGACCUGUGUCCCACCUGGCUCUGGGGUCUGAGGGCCAGAUUGUGGUACAGAGCGCGGCUCGGGAACGCCUGGGGGCUCAGGUCACCUACUCCCUGCACCUGUACUCAGUGAAUGGGAGGUUGCGGGCGUCACUGCCCCUGGUAGAGCAGCCCACAGCCCUGGCAGUGACAGAGGACUUUGUUCUGCUGGGCACAGCCCAGUGUGCCCUGCACAUCCUCCACCUGAACAACCUGCUCCCGGCCGCGCCUCCCUUGCCCAUGAAGGUGCCCAUCCGCAGCGUGGCUGUGACCAAGGAGCGCAGCCACGUGCUGGUUGGCCUGGAGGACGGCAAGCUUAUCGUGGUGGGCGCGGGGCAGCCCUCUGAGGUGCGCAGCAGCCAGUUCGCGCGGAAGCUGUGGCGGUCCUCACGGCGCAUCUCGCAGGUGUCCUCCGGGGAAACAGAGUACAAACCUGGAGAGGCCCGCUGACAGCCUGCCCCGCCCCACUGCGCAGGCUCCGCUCCCAGCGGGCUCCGCCUCGGGAGGACCCGCCCAGGGGUCCGCGAAGCCUACGGUCCGCACUCUUGGGGGUGGGCGGAGUCCCACCCUCGUCCAGCUCAGGGAUUGGUGGACGGUGUCACUCCAGGAAGUCCCGCCUCUCGCCGGCAGAGAGCUGCCCGGAGUCCCAACACUGGAGGCCUCGGCGCCCGCACAGCACUUUUUGCACAACCUGGGACGGGGAACACAGCUUCCCAAGACCCCUGUCCCGGCAGAGCACGGGGACCGGGCUGUGGCCUUAAUCCCUAAGGCGGACCCCGCUCUCCCAUUCUCGGCAAUAAACCUGGCCUAGUUUUGUA